AUGGCAGCCAACUUCCAAGCAGUGCGGAUCAAGAAGGGUAAGGCGACGUACGAAGUGCUCACCCACCCGAACACCAUCAAUGGGUAUCGUGACGGAGCGGUGGCGCUCGACUCGUGCCUCGCUGUCGAGCAGGUCUUCCGGAACUCGUCCAAGGGCGAGACGGUGGCGCUCUCCGAGCUGCAGGAUGCGUUUGGCCUCGAGACCGAGAUGGAUGUGGCGCGGCUGAUUCUGGACGAGGGCGAGGUCAUGCUCAACGCUGCCGACCGCAAGGCCAAGAUGGAUGAGGUCCAUCGGGCGGUGGUCGCUUUCAUCCACAAGCACUUUGUUGACCCCAAGUCGAUGUCGCCGCAUCCGCUUGUCCGCAUCGAGAACGCGCUCGUCGAGGCCAAGGUCCGGCUCGACAUGGACACCUCGGCCGAGGACCAAGUCAACGGCGUCAUCAAGAAGCUUCGCCCCAUCAUUCCGCUCAAGAAGGCCGAGCUCGAGGCCACCGUCACCCUUUCCCAUGCCAAGAUGGGCGCGGCGCUCGGCGUCCUCCACGGCCACGCCCAGGUCGGCCAUACAGACUACACUGCCGACGGCUGCGUCGUCUCCAUCGGCCUUCUCCCGGGCGACCUGGAUGGUCUUGUUGCUGCCCUCGACAAGUGCACCUCUGGAGAGUACUCGCUCACCAUCGCCGGCACCGAGGACCUUGCCGUCGCCGAGAGCGAGGCCGCUGCCUCGGGCAAGGGAAAGAAGAAGGGCAAGGGCGGGAAGAGGGGCAAGAAGGGCAGAAAGUAA